UUCUCUCUCUGUUUUCUUCUUCUUCUCCAUGAGUACAGUCCCACCACCAUUGUUAAACGAACAGUCUCCACCAUCAACGAACCCACCAAACCUUAAUUCUCUCAAACUCCACAUUUGAACUUAACUAGAAGAUUUCCGAAGCAAGAACUUCCCAAUUCAAGCUCAUACACGAUCCAUUCCCACGGUUAUCACAUGCAAUGUUUUGACCUCGAGUCAUUACAUUACCACAUUGCGUGCUUUUUUCGUAAUCAAGGAAAACCGAAUGGGUCUCUGCACUUCCAAACCCACUUUCUCCUCUACCCAAUCAGCCACUCACUCCCCCACUCUACAUUCUCAAGAUGUUGCCGUCGCAGUCACUCACAGUCACAGCCCCGAACCUCACUUGCGCAGCACCGAUGGCGAGAGCCAAAAACCUAAGGAGCUCGAGAACGGUAAGAGAUCUCCCUUCUUUCCAUUCUACAGUCCGAGUCCGGGCCGCUACGUGUUACCCGUCUCGCCCCGCCGCUUCUUCAAGCGAUCGUUUCUGUCGCCCUCGCCGGCAAAGCACAUAAGGGCGGCUCUGGCGCGGCGGCACGGGUCGGUGAAACCCAACGAGGCUCCCAUACCUGAGGAGGAGGGGUUCUCUGGACUGAACAAGACUUUUGGAUUCUCCAAACAUUUCGGAAAUAAAUAUGAAGUUGGAGAUGAGGUUGGGAGAGGGCAUUUUGGAUACACUUGUGUUGCUAAGGUGAAGAAAGGAGAGGUGAAGGGGCAACAAGUGGCCAUUAAAGUCAUUCCAAAAGCCAAGAUGACCACUGCAAUUGCUAUUGAAGAUGUGAGAAGGGAGGUAAAAAUUUUGAGAGCUUUGACUAGGCACAAGAAUCUAGUACAAUUCUAUGAUGCAUAUGAAGACCAUGAUAAUGUCUAUAUAGUAAUGGAGUUGUGUGAAGGAGGAGAGCUGUUAGACAGAAUAUUGUCAAGAGGUGGGAAGUACACAGAGGAAGAUGCAAAAGUUGUCCUUAGACAAAUACUGGAUGUGGUUGCCUUUUGCCAUCUUCAGGGUGUCGUGCACCGUGAUCUUAAACCUGAGAACUUCUUGUUCACAUCCAAGGACGAGAACUCAAUCCUGAAGACCAUAGACUUUGGGUUGUCAGAUUUUGUUAAACCAGAUGAAAGACUUAAUGAUAUUGUUGGCAGUGCAUACUAUGUGGCACCCGAAGUUCUACAUAGAGCUUACAGUACAGAAGCUGAUGUAUGGAGUAUUGGAGUGAUUGCAUAUAUUUUAUUAUGUGGCAGUCGUCCCUUUUGGGCCCGGACCGAGUCUGGUAUCUUCCAUGCCGUGUUAAAAGCUGAUCCAAGUUUUGAUGAACCUCCUUGGCCUUCUCUGUCAGAUGAGGCAACAAAUUUUGUUAUGCGAUUACUAAAUAAAGAUCCACGGAAAAGAAUGUCUGCAGCACAGGCACUAUGUCAUCCAUGGAUUAAAAACAAGGAUGUGAAAGUACCUCUGGAUAUUCUAAUAUUCAAGCUCAUGAAGGCAUACAUGCGUUCUUCAUCUCUACGGAAAGCGGCUUUAAGGGCUCUGUCCAAGACAUUAACUGUGGAUGAGCUAUUUUACUUGAGGGAGCAGUUUUCACUUUUAAAUCCAAGCAAAAAUGGCUCUAUUAGCUUGGAAAAUAUCACAGCGGUCUUGAUGCUGAGUGCAACAGAUGCUAUGAACGAGUCACGCGUACCUGACUUUCUGAUAUCACUUAAUGCAUUACAAUUUAGAAGGAUGGAUUUUGAUGAGUUCUGUGCGGCUGCGCUUAGUGUUCAUCAACUUGAAACACAUGACCAGUGGGAGCAACGCGCACGUAAUGCUUACGAACUCUUUGAAAAGGACGGAAACAAGGCCUUAGUCAUUGACGAACUAGCUUCGGUGCUUGGGCUUGGUCCAUCUGUCCCUGUUCAUGCUGUUCUCCAUGAUUGGAUUCGGCACACUGAUGGAAAAUUAAGUUUCAUCGGGUUUGUCAAACUGUUGCAUGGUCCAUCUAGAAGUCUUGCAAAAGCUCAAUAGAGAUCUAAGAAGCUUAGCAAAUAUCCAAGGUUGCUUGACUAAACUACACGAUGAUCUAUCUGGCUUAGAAAAUUGCUAAAAGAAUCAUUACAACCAUAUCUUCAGGUGAUUUUCUUUUUUGCACAUUGUGGCUCAGCAUAUACCUUUAUAGAAUUAUCUCGUUCUUUCACCACUUGAGGCAAACCUGCUACAGGCGAUUGUAUUUUCCACUGUAAAGUUGUAGUGUAUUGAAAGGCUAAUCUCUAAUCUGUAACUUCUUAGAAGAUAAACAAUGGAGGUGUGUCAUUCUUGUGAUCUUAAUUUUUUUAAUCAUUAUCAA